AUGAAUGGAUUUAGGGAUUAUCUUGCCCAGUUCAAGAAAACUGUCGCUAUGCAUGAGGUGUUUCUGCAGAGAAUUGCUGCUCACCCGGUAUUCCGGCAAGAUUCCAACUUCCGCAUAUUCUUGCAGUAUGAAGAUGAACUAUCCGUUCGUGGCAAAAACAAGAAGGAAGUAGUUGAGUCGUUGUGGAAGCGAUUAACUCAGUCUGCUGACGAAGUUCUGCUUUCUGGACAGAGGGAUGUGGACGAUUUUUUCGAGAACGAACGCAAUUAUCUUGUGGAGUAUAACACUCACAUAAAGGACGCCGCGACAAAAGCCGAGAAGGUGGUGAAGUUACGCAAAAGUGAGCAUCGAAUUUUUUUAGUUGUAAAUAAGCUGCGUUGGAACUUGGAUGAUUUUCUUGGGUAUUCAGCAGAAAAUGCUGGUCAUGCAUUAGGUAGUUUUGACCAUAUUAUUUGUGUUUCUUUAGAGGAAGAGAAAUUUGUCCAGUUGAUGAUUUCGAACUUGAAAAGUUUGAUACAGUGCGGUUAA